CAGUCAGCCCGCUGAACAGCACGCUCCAUUCAGACAUCCAGCGCAGCUCAAAGUUAAUGACAGGACAAAAAGAUAACAGGCUUACACAACAUAUCCAGUUUGGAUGAGCUUUUUGGAUGCGACUCCCUGUGCACAGGGUUGGCAGCUGGACCCCUUCACUCUUCCCAAAUCUCCCAGCUAUUCGAGGUUACCCUGUGAGUCCACUCUAUACUGAUUCAUCCAGUUGCUGCUGUUUGCCAUGCGGCUGCUCCGCGGUCUGCUGCUACUUUUGUUCCUGGUAUUCUGGGCUGCCGAUGCGCGAAAGGACGAGGGACGACGCAGGCGCUGGAUGCGGGGCCGAAACCGGGCUCGUGCCGUCAAGCGCUUUGCGGCGGAUUGCAAGGAAUAUUCGACCAAUGAGGAAAAACACUUAGACUGUCAAGAGCGCCAGCUGAAAGCAGUUCCGUUGGGAUGGCCGGAGGAUAUCGACCACCUGCUGCUGGCGCGGAACAGGAUCCAGGUGUUGCGAGACAACACCUUCAGUAAAUUUCGGAACCUGAGGAGCCUCGAUUUGCAGCAAAAUGAAAUUUCACGCAUAGAGGAGAACGUGUUCAGCGGCCUCAGCAAACUUACAACUUUGUUGCUGCAGCACAACCGUCUACAGAUGUUAAGCGAGGAUGUGCUGAUUCCAAUGCCGCAACUUAAGUACCUGCGUAUCCAUGACAACCCCUGGAGGUGUGACUGCCAGCUGGAUAGCCUGGUGCGGUACAUACAGGUCCCGAGUAACCGUAAUUUUGGCAAUUACGCCAAAUGUGCAGAGCCCACUGCAUUCUGGGGUAGAAAACUUAAGAAGCUGGAUGCUGAUCAGCUGUGCACCCCACAGCAUGCAAAUGUAGAAAUCCCACAACCAGAGCAUGAGAAGCUACCAGCCCCGAUAAAAGAAUCUGACGCGACCACUCUGUGUCAUACCUACAUGCAUCCUGUUCCUCACAUGGACUGCAGAAACAGAGAUCUUAAAACCGUACCAGCGGAUAUACCGCUGGAUAUCGUGAGACUGGAUCUGUCCAAAAACAACAUCAAGCAGCUGAGACCCCAGAAGUUUGUGACUGUUAAAGACCUUAAACUCCUGAACCUGAGUGGAAACAGUCUAGAAGGAAUUCACACAGCUGCCUUCGCAGGCCUUUUGAACUUGAACGAGCUGGACCUCUCCAACAACAGCCUGCAAAAUUUCCAAUACGGUGUUCUGGAGGACCUUUACUUCCUGAAGAGACUAUCUUUGGGAGGCAACCCUUGGAUCUGUGACUACAACAUUCACUACUUGAUCUAUUGGCUGAAGCACCAUCGUGGGGUCUACCACACAGGUCUAGUGUGCAGUAAACCAAAGGAGUUUCAAGGUUGGUCGGUGGAGGAUUACGUGAAGACCUAUAACGGAGAGUGUCCUAAAGAUUUACAGUUUGGCCAGACGGCGGACCCGGCGGGCAUCACAGCUCAAGAGUUCGGUGCUGAGACAGAGGAAGAAGAACUGGGGCCUAUACCUUAUAGAGGGCCGAAAAAAUAUGAGAUCAUUCGUCUGACUUGAGGCGCAAACUGUGAUGUCGGGAAUACUGUUGUUUAUUUUACGAAGCGUUUUUGUUGCAAAAUAUUGAUUGAAUUAAGUCACGUUUAUAGAUUUUAGUCAACUCAGAAUUCAAGCAGCUGAUGAUUACGUAUUGUAGAAUGUUUUUAUGAGUAAUUUUGAAAAUUGAAUUGUUAUAAAUAAAAAAGAUAUCAACUUUUUUCACAGA